AUGGGCGGUUUCUACAUGCAGUAUUUGGAGAGCCUGUGCCGUCGUCGAGGGUGGACCGACCCGGCUUACGAGUGCUAUCGAGACCACAACGGCUUCACCUGCCUGGUCCUGGUCAAUGGUCGCGAGUACCAGACCGAUCUUUCAUACGAAUCCGACGUCCUGGCCCAAGAGAACGCCGCCAUGCGCGCCUUUAUGGUUUGCAGGAAUUUCUCCGUCAAUGGAGGCAUGCUUGCCCGCAACGGAAUAGUGCAAGGCUUGCCUGCGUCUUCCGAUUCUGGCCGUCGCCGUAAGAGCCGUCAGACCGCGUCCAGGGACGGCGGCGAACGCAACGGCCGCAGAUCCGGCACCCACUCCAGCAGCUCGUCCACUGCGUCGUUUGAGUAA